AUGUACUCAGCUACCCCUUUUAUUGCGUACAUGGUUGGGAAGCUUUACACAUGUCAGGACAGCAACGAUGGUAUGUCUGGGAAUGUAUCAUUGGCUACUACGGUGGAUAUUGAUGUCAACGAUUGUGAGGAGGCACCAACUAUAGGAACUACUUCAACUGGUGUCGAGAUCAAUAAGUAUCCCGCGACAGUAACUUGCAACGUUGCCAAGAAAACAUUUGCAUAA